AUGGUGUGGGCUGAUGAUGAGAAUGAUGAAUGGGUGUACUACUCUGACCUCAAUCAUCAACAGAAACAGAGUCUUUUGAGCGAGGAGACAAUCGGUAACAGAUCGAAUCUCGAUGUUUCUGCAAGUGAAGGCCACAACACCUGUUGUAAGAACAGAGAAGUUAAGAUCAUGUUGAGCAAGAAGAAGCUAGAGGAGUUGUUGGAGGAUCUUCAUAACAUCCCUGUGGAUCAAAUGUUGGACCGUUUACUCGAUUCAAGCGAUCGGUUUGAGCUCAAUUAUGAUCAUCAUGAGCCAUGGAAGCCCAAGUUACAAAGCAUCCCUGAAGAGAGUUAG